AUGAGCAUCCUUCAGAGGAAAGAGGACAUCUUCUCAGACUGUAAAAAAAAAUUCUGGAAUACAUAUAAGACGGGGCUGAUGUACUGGCCUUUCGUGCAGCUGUCAAACUUCCUUUUGGUCCCUGUUUACCUGCGAACAGCUUACACUGGGCUCUGUGGCUUUGUCUGGGCUACCUUCAUUUGCUUUUCCCAACAAUGUGGAGAUGGCACAGCAAAGUCAGCAUUUAUGUGGCUCCAAAGAGAGGAGGUCAAUGCAGACGAAGAACCAUCAAAGAAAUAA